AUGAUUUCUUUUAUGGUAAUGUCUAACAUGCUAUCAGAACAAUUAAAAAAUCAAUACAAGAGUAAAUCAGUCUAUUGGAGAUAGGAAAAAGAAAAACUACUUUAAACUUUUCAACCAAGACAAAAUAACUCAUAAUCAUAAUAAAGAUCAAGAACUAGUGAAAGAAAAAGCAUUAUAAGGAACUUAGUAGAUUCACUUUAUAAUUAAGGAACUCCUGAAAAAAACAAAUCAAUUUAUUAUCAUUUCUAAUCCUAAAUCACUUAAUAAAAAUAACAGUAAUAAUAUUAAAGUUCUGCCAAAAAAUAACAUACAGAAGAAUUGACUUUAUCUACUAUUAUCAAUAAAUAUUAAAAAUAAGUUGAAAUAUGUAAUUAAAAAUAAAUAGUAUAUGAUCCAAUAGCAGAAUAAAUCAUAGAAUCAUUUUAAGAACUCAAAAAGAGGUCUGCAUAAAAAUAAGAAAUAUAAAAAUGUUAAUCAGAAUAGAAAAAUAUUGAGAAUAGUGCACACAAAUAAAAUAUAUUCAGUAGAAUUAAUUAAAUUAGAGAAUUUAUAGAUUAACAAUUAAAAACUAAUGUUGAUGAAUCUAAUAAAGAUAUUAAAUAUGAUAGUUAGUAUUAAUCAGAUGUUGAUUAAAGUUCUGGUAAUUUGAGAAAUAAAUCAGUAGAAUUUAAAUAAUUCUUGGAUUAAAGAGUAAGUGUAGGAAGAGAUUCUACAAAUAAUAGAUUAAAUCACAGGAUUAAUAAACUUCGUACUAUACGUAGUUGUACAACAUUAGAUAUUGGAAUAUAAGUUUCAUUAUUAGAUGAAAAUACAAUACAAUUAAAUCCAUAAAGAUAAAAACAAUAACAAGAUAGUUAUCAAUAAUAUAAUGAUUAAAAUAAUUCUUAGAAUUAUUAAUAAAAAUAUUAAUAACAAAAAUCAGAUAGAAGUAACAAUUCAAGACGAAACCAUUAAGAAUAAUAUGAAGUUUAAAAUACAUUAUAAUAAACAUCUCCUUAAUAAUCAUAAAAUCCAUAUUAUUAAGUUGAAUAAUCAGUAACUUCAGAAUAUUAAUUACCUUUAUAAUAAAUGUAAUAACAACAAUAUUAAAAUGAAGAUUCAUUAUAAUAAUCAAAAAACUCAGGAAGAAUGAGUAGAAGAAGUGAAUUUCUAUAAAAAGCAAGAUAUUCAACAAAUGCAAAUGAUGAGAAUAAGGAAAGAUUUUCUGUAAAUAUUGAAGAAAUAAAAAAAGAAAGAUUAUCAGAAAAUGAAAGAUUUUCAGUAACUUCAAAUGAAAUUAAUGGUAAAGAUGGAAUCUUGGUCAAUUUAGAUUUUAAUCAAGAAAGAUUUUCUGUUAGAUCAAAUGAAUAAUAUACAUAAAAUAAAGUUAGGAAUUCAAUAAAAUCAAACUUUGAAGAAGAUUUUAAAGAUAAAUUAAUAUUGAAAUUGAAUAAACCUGAUAUUACACUUCCAGUUUAAUUUAAAUGUAUUACAAAUAAUAAGGAGAAUUUUGGAGAACCUUCUAUUUAUACAUCUAAAAUAAAUAAAUAUGAAUAAGAUAAUAAAUUAGGGGAAAGGUUUGAAAGUAAAUUAAAUACUAUUGAAAUUCCAAAGAUUAUCUAAGCUUUAAAUUUUGAUAAUAUUGAAUUAAGUAAACCUUAUUCUGGAACUCAAAUUUCUGUAGAUACAAAUAGAUUCUAACUAGAAAUUUAAUAAAUUAUGGAAAAAUAGAAUGAAACUUAAGAUGUCUAGUUGAAAUAAAAUGAGAUGAUUAAUAUUUAACAAGAUUUUGCUUUAACUAGUAAUAGAUCAUAAUUAUCUGUUCCUAUUACAGAACCAACUUAAAUUCAAUAAAAUAAUUAGAUUAAUACAAACUUUAUAAGAGUAGAAGAAGAGAUUGAAGCUGGGUAGCCAGAUAUUAGAAUAAUUGAAAAUGCCACAGGUAUUACAGAAUGUAAUCUAUAAUAUUCUGAAGAUACAGCAAAUUUAAGAAUUCCUACUUAAAUUAGUAAUAAUGAAGAAGCCAAAUUUAAACCAGAUUCUUAUGUAACAUGUGAAAUUUAAUUCUAAUAAAUUAAAUAGGAUUAUCAAUAAUUAAAUUAAUUAUAAUCAACCUAAUCAAAUUAGAUGAAUUAAUCAUCUUUUGAAUAAUGGUUAUCAUAAACUGAUUAAAAUAAACGAAUAUUUAAUUUUAAUUGUUAAUCAUAAUAUUUUUAAAAAGAGAAAUGUGAUCAUAGUACAUAAAUUAAUAAAAGUGAAUCAGAUUCAGAUGAAGAAAUUCAGUUUAUUAAAAAAAAAUAAUAAAAAUGUCAAUUUAAUUAAGGAGUAACAUUAUUAGUUAGAAAAAUUACUUCAAUUUUAAAAAUUAGACAGAUUAAAUCAUUUUAUGAAAUUAAAGAGUAUACUCUACAUUAAUAAUAAUAAUAAUAAUAAUAAUAAUAAUAGUUACAAUAAUUUAAAUCCUCUUUACAUACUUAUCAAUCUCCAAUUGAAUCACAAUAUUCAUCUUAGUUUUAUUCAUAAUAAUAAUCAUUAACAUCUCUUCCCGUGCCUUCAUCAUAGACUUAAUAAUCUUAAAUUGAUUUCGUUCCUUAAGCUACCAAAGAAUAGGCAGCUUAAGAAAAAAUAUCAAAUCUCUUAAAAACAAUAAUUGAAGAAACAGGAUCUGAUACAUUAAGAAUGUUGAAGAAUAAAUCAAAUCUAUCACCAGUUGCUAAGACUUCAGAAAAAAAAAGAUUAAAUAGCAGAAACAAUUCUAAAUUAAGGAUUUCCAAAAAAUGUUCAACUGCUUCAAUAUUAACAUCUAUAUAAUCUCCAGUUUAAGAAAUUAAUGAUAGAAUUAAAGUUAAUUUUAUAUAAGAGAUGGGAUUAGAAUCACCAACUUAGAAACAUACUGAACAUGCAGAAUUACAUGAUUGCAGUAAAUAUUGAUGAUUUUAUUUUAGGUCCAAUUGCUGAGCCUAUGGAAUUUUAAGAUGUAUCUGUUUUAAUAAAAUAAAGGAGAGAGAUGAAACAAAUUGCUGACU